AAGGUGAAACAACUUGAAACCGCUUACGUCCUAAGUAUAUCAACCGCCGAUGUCGACUGGAGGGUGAGCUGAGGAUCCGCAGAAUUUGAUUCCCAUCACCAGUGGCUCUUCCGUUCGCUUUCAGCUGGGCUCGCGUGCGCCUUCUCCUGUGCGAAUCCGAACGCAACUGAGGCGUUCGGUUGAAGCAAGAGUGUGAGUCUCGACUCGGACUUCGCUCGUUCCACUGCCUCGUUUUUCUCUUUUGGGUCCUCCUCUUGCCCUGUUCUUUUGCGUGCUUGCGCGAGUGGGGGAAAUGGGCAUAUGAUACGUUGCGCUAUGAUGCUGUUGGUUGCGCGACUGGGCUAUCUUUGUUCACUCGGAAUUUCGGUUGGAGCUUUCCUAACGUCUCAAAUUCUGAAGAGGCUAUAGUUCGGCAGCGUUGGAAUGAUAAAGACACUGUACCUACCAUGCUAUGUUGUCCUGAAUUUAUGAAGAUAUUCACAUGCAUCAUAGGUGCUGAAGUUCAAUUCGGCUAAAAUUGAAGGGCAUUAUCUGUCAAAAUCAAAAGGAACCAAGAUGGAGUUGACUCUAACGCAGCCUGAUGAUUGGCACCUUCACCUUCGUGAUGGGAGUCUUCUUGAUGCUGUUCUCCCUCACAGUGCGAGUCAUUUUGGAAGGGCUAUAGUGAUGCCAAAUUUGAGGCCUCCUGUCACUACCACAUCUGCUGCAGUGGCCUAUCGGGAAUCCAUCACGAGAGCAUUGCCAGCCAGCAGCAACUUUACCCCUCUCAUGACACUUUACUUGACGGAUUCCACAAAACCUGAUGAGAUCAAACUAGCCCGACAGAGUGGUGCUGUGUUUGCAGUAAAGCUGUACCCAGCUGGUGCUACUACAAAUUCUCAGGAUGGUGUUACCGAUCUUCUAGGAAAGUGCCUUCCUGUCCUUGAGGAAAUGGUCAAGCAAGACAUACCUUUGCUGGUCCAUGGGGAGGUUACAGAUGCUGCUGUGGACAUUUUUGAUCGGGAAAAGGUCUUUAUUGAAACUGUUUUGCAGCCUUUAAUCCACAAACUUCCACAGCUGAAGAUCGUGAUGGAGCACAUCACAACAUCUGAUGCUGUUAGAUUUGUUGAGUCUAGCAAAGAAGGAUUUAUAGCGGCUACAGUUACUCCACAGCAUCUUCUCUUGAAUAGGAACUCUAUAUUCCAGGGAGGAUUGCAGCCACAUAAUUACUGCCUUCCUGUACUAAAAAGAGAGACGCACAGACAGGCUAUCGUGGCAGCUGUGACUAGUGGAAGUAAAAAAUUCUUCCUAGGAACUGAUAGUGCUCCCCACGAGAAACGAAGGAAGGAGUGUCCUUGUGGAUGUGCUGGUAUCUACAAUGCUCCAGUUGCUUUGUCGCUUUAUGCUAAGGUCUUUGAAGAGGCAGGGGCACUUGACAAGCUAGAAGCCUUUACUAGCUUUAACGGACCAGAUUUCUAUGGGCUUCCGAGGAACAAAUCGAAGAUUACUUUAAAAAAGAAUCCAUGGGUUGUCCCAGAAUCUUUCUCCUUUGCAUUUGGCGAGAUCAUCCCAAUGUUCGCGGGAAAAACACUUGAAUGGCAACUACUUCUUUAAAUAACAAGAUAUGUUAUAGUGGAUAGUCCCAGGCAAGGGCUUUUGCACGUCAGAACACAGGCUUCGUAGACCUAAAGAAGAAACCUUUCGACAUUGAUGAAAUGACCCGGAUUGUCCUGGACGAGGUCUCUACCCUUCGUUACUCAAUAAAUAUCAAGCUUCUAAACAGAUGUAAAAACCAUGCUUGUGUUGUUUUCUUCAUUAUGUGCUCUGGUUCGGAGAAUUUGAAUCAGAUUUGGUGUAUCCACAUGUUACUUUGCUAGAUGCAAACUUCUGACUUUCAAAU